AUGCAGUUACCUGAUGAAAAAACUACCAUCGGGCGUGGCCGCGUCUUGGCUCCUCCGACUUCAUCUCCAAGUCUCCUGGUUGUCUUCUGGUUCAAGAAAAAUCAUCACGAAGUGGACACCAACAAAGAUGUACAAAUGCUCAAGGUUUCGGGCUUGGCCUGCCGGAAUCUUGUCGACAUCCAUGACCACUACACGGUUUGGGGGAACACAAAGAACAAUCAGGACUCCUUGGUUGACCUCACCUCGGCCAUCAUCGACCCCUACUACAUGAAGAUGAUGGAUGAUAGCAAGAAGGACAAGAUCACCUGGCAUAGUGCCUCGGAGCAGAUACUGGAUGAAGAACACGUCAAGUACGCGGCCAAGGAUGCAUACACAAGCUAUGAGAUGUACAAGCGGAUCAAGUGCCGCGGGCCGCAGCAGGGGGGCUCGUCCUGCUGGGCGACGGGCGCGGCGGCUUGGAGUUCAUCGCAGCAGAAGCGCCAGCGAUGCGAGGGUUCUUCCAGCGACCAAGUUGGAUCCAGCACAAGUGCUUCUGUGCAAAUGUCUGAAUCAGAGCUACCAGAUACUGAUUACGUAGAAAAUGAGGAAGAGGAUUACUAUAUGGAUGAUGAUGAUGAUUGUGAUGAUGAAAACGGCAAUGACUCUGAAUAUGAAUUCGAUGAAGCUGACUUUAAUCAGCAGCUUGCUGAUAAAUUUGAUGAUUUAGAUCUGCCUCCAGGUGUGGAGGCUACUGUACCAUGGCUUCAGAAACUUGCAGCCAAUGACGAGCAGGAUGGAGCGUCAGAUGAGUUAGUUGAGGAUGAAAUUACAAGGAAAUAUAAGGCAUUUCAACAAUUCUACACUGUUCAAAAUUUCUCUGACCACCAUUAUGCUAAUAAAUCAGUGGGGAAGACAAGCAGGGAAUGGGCAAAGAGAAUUCAACAUGACUGGAAACUUUUAGAGAAAGAUCUACCAGCUUCUAUCUUUGUCCGUGUUGCUGAAGAUAGAAUGGAUCUUCUUAGGGCUGCGAUUAUUGGCCCUAAGGGAACACCCUAUCAUGAUGGUCUCUUCUUCUUUGAUGCACAUUUUACCUCUAAUUAUCCUUCAGAGCCUCCGUUGGUGUAUUACCAUUCUGGAGGGCUUCGACUUAAUCCGAACUUGUAUAAUUGUGGAAAAGUCUGCCUUAGCCUCCUUGGUACCUGGAGUGGUAGUGGUUGCGAGAAGUGGAACUCAGCUCACUCAACCAUGCUGCAGGUGCUUGUGUCCAUUCAGGCUCUCAUUUUGAAUGAGAAGCCAUACUUCAAUGAACCGGGAUAUGCAGGCUCUGCGAAUACCACAACUGGACAACAGCAUUCUGUAGAGUAUAACAAGACCACAUUUCUGCACUCCUGUAGGACUAUGCUGUAUUCACUUAGAAGGCCUCCGGAGCACUUUGGAGACCUUGUCGCCGGCCACUUCCGGGAACGCGGACGCACCAUUCUGGCAGCAUGCAAACACUACCUAGAGGGUAACAUGGUCGGAUCGGAGGUCCCCGAAGAGGAAGAAGCGGAAUACGACGGCACUGGAGCGUCUAGCAGCAGCAGCAGCAGCCGCAGUAGCAGCAGUGUACCAAAGAAGCAAGAAGUGAUGAGGGUGGAUCCUCUGGGUAGGCGCACUCAGUUCACUGACAACCUCAAGACGCUGUUUGAAGAUCUUCUGAUGGAGUUCAACGUGAAGGGCGCUGACACUAGGAAGUUCCUGGAAGACAAGGUUAAGAAGAACCUGCCCGCAGCCUGA